AUGAACCCCACCACAAUCAGAUUGUUCUCUUCUAGCACGCUCUUGCGCAAAUUUUCACUCACUUUCUUCACUAAGGACACAUGUCUGCUCUGCAAGAACGCGUCUGUCAUUUUGCACCAGACUUUACAAGCCAAAGAAUUCAAGGACGUGAAAUUGACAACAGUCGACAUCAUGAAACCUGAGAACUCAUCUGCUUUUGAUAAAUAUUGUUAUGAUGUACCAGUGUUGCAUGUGGAUAGAGCAGGUCAGAAGAAACCUGUCAAGUUCAUGCACUAUUUUGACGAGGAAAAGCUUGCGGCUGAAUUCAAGAAAGACAUCUGA